UUAUCUUGUUCUCGGGGAACAGUCACAGCAGGAGCCAGUAUCUGUUUACAGUUCACAUAAGUUUGGGUUCUAUUUCCUUCGAAGACUCGAAAAAAGUCCUUUAGGAAUUUAUCGCAGCCUUUUCCUGGAGGAAAUUUAAAGAAUAAAGUGAAGCGAAACGUUGCGUUCAACUAGAAAUCCAGGUUUUUUCUCGGUAGGAGGAUUAAAGUUAUCUUCACAGAACAGUGCCAACCCCGCCGCCAUGUUGAUUAACGCUAGCGUCGAAGCAUGAGUGGUAGUUUUGUUGCUGUCUUCGGAAAACAAGAGCAACGAGGCGCUCUUUUCAGUAAAUCCCCCCUCGGUUUACGAUGAGAUUGCCUGUAGGAGGAGGACCAUCAGGACAGAUCACUUGAGAAAAGGUCGAAAUAUGAAGGUGUCUUUCGUCACCCUUGCCGUGCUUUCCUCUGUCCUGACAAAGAAUGUCAAAGGCAAAGAAUUGAUAUAUCAGACACUUGAUAAACCUGUCGUUCCUUUGGCAUUUGUUAUCCAGUUAGGCCUAAAUGUCUCCGCUACCAAAGACAGCGACAAACCGAGGAAUGGUUCUUCAUCCUCAGUGGGUGUAACACUUCCUGAUGUGCAUUGCGAUACCGAGAGCGACUGUACCGAUCGAGAUGACAAACUGACCUGCGUCAACAACCAGUGCACGUGCCAACCGCCAUACUGCUGGGUGUACCAUCACGAGUCGUCUGCCUGGACUGAAAGAAAUGUCUUCAGCUGUGGUGAAUGUGGACAGCUUGGAUCGUCAUGCAAUGAUAGCAUGCCCUGUGAUUCCCCGGGCGAAUGCUGGAUAGACCAGUACUGCCAUUGCCCAGCUGGCGAAAAUUAUGACGGAAUUUGCACAGUGAUCGAUGACAGCUGGGCGUACAAGUUCACACUUGCCGGCUUCGGGAUAGUCUUCCUGGUUUCAUUUCUUGUGAUCCUGGUACAUCUGUACAGAAACCGCUCGUGGAAUCAGAAUGGACCCUGGUGUUGCAGUCUGUGUAAGAGGACGAGAGGAUCUAGGGACCGUGACGCUUCGCAAGAGAAAACACCAGCGUACACAGUCAGAAAUCAUUAUGCAAGUCAAUUAUCCGAUUUCAAUGACGAACCAAGAACUGGAGCUUCAAGCACAAAUUUCCAGCAUCAGUAUUCUCAAGCAAGAGGAAGCAGUGCCAGAGCUGGAAGUGGCAGCAUAACUUCAGCUGGGACAGAGAGCACCAGUAUCAGUGCGAGCAGUGGAGUCACAGAAAAUACAGAUAAUCUACCAGUUGGGGUCUACCAGACCACAAACGCAUCAAUGGAUAUGCAGAGAGCUGAUUCUACGUCUUUGACUACUGCAGUUGAUGACAUGAACAACGAGACUUCAAGCGCUGCUGUAAUCAGUAGUUGUGCACAUGAAAGGUGUAAUCUUUGUCUACCAAAGGGACUUUCAACACGUGAAAAUAGCAAUUCCUCCUCUCCCAGAUAUGCUGACGGGUGCUCCAUGUCUGCUACAUGUACAGACAUUGGCCGAGAAAGCUCUGCCGAGCACCCGAUAACAUCCAGCGAGGUAGAACGGGAAUGUACUUCAUUGUAGUUAUGGUAUAUUGAUGUGCACAAUUUUUGUAUACUGUAUCAUAUAGAUAGCAAUAAGAGUUUAGCCUUACUGAAUAGUGAAUUGUACGUAACCCAGAAGAUAUGAAACUACAUAAGUUUCCCUCCAAUAUCUAGUUUUUAAUUCUUGCAAGUGUGCAUUAAUCUGCUCAAUUUUUAUAUAUAACAAUUGCAUUAUUUUGACGUUUUGUAGAAAGUUGAAAAACAAAUAUAUGUCAACUUUAUUCAAUAACAAGCUUUAAUUAUUUUGCUACAUAGUUAAUGAUUUUCGAAGUUAUUAGCAUUUAAACAACAGAAAAGUAAGUGACAAUUUGUACCCUAGUGUGACAAUCCCAUAGAAUCUGCAGUCCUAACUGUCCAGAGCCUAACUCUUAACUGUUUUCAGCAACGAAAAACUGCAUUUCUUCGCUGGCAAAUGUAUUGCACCUUCUGACUGCCUACCCAGUUAGCCUCACUAUAGUCCUACAUCACUAGAUAGCAAAGCAGAACCCUGUUUUAUGGCUUAAGUCUAGCCUUACUGAAUUGCCAUGCAGGUUUUAGGAACAAGACCCCGUUCCACUACAUGGCUGGCUUUAACAAGACAGCACACUGGUGUUCCGUUCGUGACAUGCCGGAGGGAUCUUUUAAGCAGUGUGUGCAAAGUCCUUUGAACAAUGUAGUAAUACGACCAGCAUUCUUCACUAAAUUUAGUGUACAGUUGUGUCCUUCCUUUCAAUGGAUGUUUGGGAUUUCGGGAAACUACCCUUCACGAUAAGCACAAAUAUCAAAAUUGAGAGUAACUCCAGGUCGCUGAGAGGCUAGAAUGGGCCCAUCCCAUUUCGACCUAUCAUAAUUUUGUAAGUUGUGUUAAGUAAAUAAAAUUGAACAGGAUGAAGCCAGGUUUUGGAGAGAAACCUGUAAUUAUUCCUUAAAUUAACUGUGAAUAAAAGAACAGGAGGAAACUGGAAUAUCAAAAUUUAACUCCUUGUUGUCAGGUGUGGAUUACAGUUUUCUUAAUUUCCUAAUUUGUUUAAGGUAACAUUAAUUUAGCCAACGGCCUUCGACUGUAAACCCGAAGGUUUCGUGUUACCUUAUUUUAUUCUAAAAUUAUCAACCCAUUCUAUAUAUAUCAACUUAAUUCCUCUUGAGUAAUCCAUAAGCUAAUGAUGAAAUGUUCCUUAUGAAACAAUGGUCCUGCCGGCUUGAGAAUUAAACUGUGGGCGAUC